AUGGGAGCGUGCUGCAGUUGGUGCAAAGAAGAAGACGCGUACGCCGCUGUUGAUCAGGAACGAACUCAUUUGCUGAUCGAUCCAGACUGUAUCAACACAAGCGUUCAACGCGGUGGUAUAUCCGAGGACUAUCAUUAUGGAUCACUACCAAAAGAAUCUGAAGAGCAAGCUGGAUUAAACCGUAUACUAGAAGAGAUAUCAUCAAAUGUAAUUGAUGUUGGCCAAUUGCACAAUUGUAUUGACCAACAAGAGGUGAUAGAACGUCAAAACCUUUAUAGUGCAAAACUGCAAAUUGUACCACUUUCAUCUGUUGCCAAUACUAUUGUUAGUUUGAGACAAAUGCCAGUGUGCCUACUGAAAGAUGUUCCUGGUCCAGAGAAGGUAUUGUCAAGAAAUAUAGGACUACCAGAAAACUAUCGUCACAUAAUGGUUUGUGUAAACGAUAUACAAAAACACUUAUCUUUGAUGAGUGUGGAACACAAGGGUGAUUUAGUCGUUCCAUUUUGA